CAAGGAUAUAGUGCUCAUGCCAUCGACGGCUCGUUAAUUCUCGUUCAUGGCGAAGUGAGACUCUCGAUCUCUCUCAUUGCUGUGUUUCUUUCCUCUGGAUCGUCACGAGCCACGCAGCAGUGCUUGCAUUCCUGGACGAUCCAAGGGACCAUUCUGAGAGAACGAACCACACGGCAGUAGACAGUAUUCAGUCAGCACCUGGAUGGACACGAACAGCUACUCCCAGCACUGCUGCUCGGAUGGUAUUGUCGGCAGUAUAGCAUGAGUCGAGCUUUUCAUGAUGAACUCACUCUCUUGCUGAGCGCCACCCGUAAAGCCACGAGCGAGCAGUAGACCUUGGAGUCGUGCUGCUCAGUCAUUCCCCAGCUUGUUGUUGUACUCAUGCCGGAUACUUCGCGCCAGUCCUGGAUCCGACAAGUCAACGAGAUGCGCGCGUCAAACUCUCUUGUUGCGGCCUUCGCAUGCCUGGCUCAGAUCGGGAUUGCCGAAGCAGCUUUGUCUUUCACCCAAUGGCCCUCGGUCAUUCAUGCUGGCCAGCCUACCACCCUGAAGUGGCAGACGGACUCGGAUGCUCCCGUGACCGUCACACUGCGGAAGGGCAAUUCUCAGAACUUGGACACCGUCCAGACCCUGGCAAGCAAUGCCCAAGGAGGCUCCUUCACCUGGAUUCCGGACUCCACGAUAGAGAACGGCGACGACUAUGCCUUCCAGAUCCAGCAGAACGGCUAUGUGAACUACUCGGGACUUUUACAGGUCACCGAUGGGUCCCCAGCUACCCCAGCUACCAAGGCUGCGUCCAUCCCAGUCCUCAAACCCAGCUCAACAACGCUGGUAGCCUCGGUUAUCCCUCCAGCUCAUAGCCCUGCAACCCCGACCGCAAAUGCAUACCCCACCGACACAGCCCCUCACGAUGAGAUGCAGACAGUCCAGAAGGGCAAUGAUGGCCAGACUUUCACCGUCAAUGCCGCCAACGACCCCAGUGCGAACGCAGCCGGAGCCGCCAACAGCAAGACUGCUAUGGCUGCCUAUAUGCAGAGUGGUGCUGCCUCUGUUCGCGCGACGGGAAUGGGCUUCGUGUUGGGUGCUCUCGCCAUGGUGGUUUACCUCGUCUAGUAGACUUGGACGGACUUCCCGGUGGAGCUUGGCAGGCAUUGAACUUUGUCUGUCUUGGUUGUCAGAACUUGGUUCGUGUGUGCCUAGGUUAAUCAUUCUUCUUCAGAUCAACUCGCAUGAGACCGAGCGGUGCUGUGAUUGCUCUGGGCGACAGGCGUUGGUUGAGGUUUCCAUUUUUGCUUCUCUUUCUCUUCUGUUGUGUAUAUAUAUCUUUUUCUAGACACUACAGGGGUCGGGCCGAGAGCGAGCCACAAUCCUUUUCUCGGGACUGGGCUUGCAGAUCAGCUCAAGACGCCUUCAAAGUGCUCGAUUUUUGUGCGAUCAGAUUGAAUAAUCCACAGUGCUGCCGCUGCUGC